AUGUCCGACUCUGACGUUUCUGCUCGCCCACUUAGUCCAGUAUCUAAGAUAGAUGAGAGGCUUAGGGGUUGGGAUCAAGAGACUACCCAGAUGGAGGACCAGCUCAAGGAACUUGAGUCUAAAUGCCAACAAGAUAUCGAUUUAAUAGGUAACAAAUUAGAAGGACUUUGUAACGAUAUUAAAUCGCUCGAAGAGAGGGAGCAAGAACUCCUGUCCGAAUGGCAAACAAGUGUAUCGGGUACACAGAGCGAAGAUGACUACGCACGCAAUAUCAAAACCAUCCACGAAACGAUCAUGUGUCUGAAACAGAAAAAGCUGGCCCUUGAGAAAGAGGUGAAGGAAAGGCUACAGCGCUAUUACAAAGAGCAGAAGGAUAUAGAGGAAGACCACAGACGAAUCCGAGAGAGCAGAAAAGCUGAUGAAAAACCUGACGAUGGAGGUGCCCUUGAUAAUGGAUAUCUUUUGGAUGCCGACAUUGAUGACAUCUUCGAGAACCAACACGAUGAAGCUGCAGAAAGCGACGAGGAAACGGAACUACGCGAGACGCCCGACAGUGCGGACGAGGAUACCCACGACACGACGGAUGGAGUCGAAGAGCUUUCCUAUGACGAAGAGGAGAAGAAGCCGCAUGGAGUGCCUGGCCAUGAGGACAACGACGAAGUUUCUCACAGGGACGAAUACGAUGAACUUUACGGGAUGUCCGAUUCUGAAGACGGAGGCAAUACAAAUCGUACGAAUGACGACAACCACAGUCGCACCGACGAAUCCCCUGAUCACAAGUCGGACGCUCAUGAGAACAGGAUGGACGAAGCCGAAGAUGGUGACUACUCUAACACCAUCACUCGGAAGCAGAAAGAGAGCCACCCUGAAAAACACUCCCGAGAUGGCAACGAAGGUAACUCUGAGGACGUCAGAAUCACUACUCUUCAUUUAUCGAACCUUGACGUGCAGGAGCAAACAAACCACAUGAUGGGAAACGGAGAGGGCGAGAGCAGGGCCGAGACAGAGGACGAACGCAAAGAGGAUAAGGAGAACGAACGAAAGGAGAAAAAGAAAGAGAAGAGAAAACGGCAAAAGGAGCGGAAGAAGCAGGAGAACGAGAGGGCAAAGAAUGAAGAAAAGCUGACCUCGAAGGCGGAAGGCGAGACCGGCGCACCAAAGGAAAGCGCAACGUCCCUGCCGCUACUAGAUCAACAGGAAGACCCGGAGAAGGUUGAUCGCGAAACCAACAAGAACAGCGACGAGACACGCAACGGCGACUACAACGAUAAAGCAAUGCUACCGUGUGAUCUCGACGGAGUCAACAAAGACCAUUCUUCCGCCCAAGCGCGCAGCGAACAGCCAAAGACAACGACGGAGACAGGAGCCAAGGACAUGCCUGAUAGUCCAACCACGACAGAGCACGUCGAAGGCGGAAACACGGAGGACAGGCUGCAAAACACCCAACAAUUGGACCAGCCAGGUAUCAAGCAAAGCAAACAGAACGACAAAUCUACCGAUGACGGAGGCCCUAUUCAAUCCAACUCCAAAGCUACGGCUAGUGAAGAAAGCAAGUUUAAAGAAACCGUUGCCUCAACCACGCAGCGUGAAGCCUUAAAUGAACGGCCUGACACCCGCCGCGGCUGGUACGAAGAUGGGAUGCAGGUGGUCGAUACAUUGAGUGGUGAAGAUACCCUUUUCCAUGGCGAGGAGGACCCCAUUCCCCCUGACGAGGGAAACGGCAUUCUCCAUGACGAAGAACCCGGACCGACGAAGGGAUCAACGAUGGGAAAAGAACCAGCGAAAGGGGAGUAG